AUGAAGCUGUUCAUCCUCCUCUGCCUGUGUCUGGUGGCCACCAUGGCCUCGGCGCAGAACGCCACCAUCGCUGCGACCACCACCACCGGCGGGCUUGCUGAUGUGGCCAAGACCGUGACCGGAGUUACAGGCGCUGUGAGUGCUGAGGUGAUCCCCGGUAAGAUCGUGGUUCAGCCGCCCGCCGUGCAGCCCCCUGCUCUGCGUGUGCAGCCCGGCAUCGUCAACGUUCCUCCGUUCAGCGUGCUGCCGCCCCCCGUCCAGCCCCCGCCGCUCACCAUCCAGCCGCCCCCCGUGCAGCCUUCCCCCUUGAUCGUCACCCCCGCCCCUCUCCAGGGAUCCAACAUGCAGGUGACCUUCACCCCGAUCGCCGUGCCGCCGCUCACGGUCAACCUGCCGGCCGUGUCGGUGCCGCCGAUCGUCAUCCAGAUCCCGGCCUUCACCAUCUUCCCCCCGGCCGUGAGUCUCGCGCCCAUCACCGUCCAGCCGCCGGCUGUCACCAUCGAGGACAUCAUCAUGACCCCCGUCCCGCUCCAGGGCGCCGCCAUCACCAUCGAGGUGCCCGCCAUCUCGGUGCCGCCGAUCACCGUCACUCCGCCCACUGUGCAGGGCGCCGCGUUCACGGUCACGCCGUCGCCGGUGCAGCCCGCGGCCUUCACCGUCACCCCGCCCCCCGUCACUCCGCCCCCCGUGGCCAUCGAGCAGACCCAGACCACCACCAAGACCCUCUCGAUUCCCGAGACCACCUCGGCCGCCGCGAUCGUGGGCACCACUGGCGGCACGACCACCGUGGGCGCCGUGUCGAGCACCAAGACGGUGUAA